AUGGCCAAGAGCAAGCGUUCAAGCACUCGCAAGGCGAACAACCAGCGCCUGGCAGCCUCUGUCUUUGGCCCUGCCGAGACUGCCCGCGCCGAGCGCCUGUCGGCCAAGCUGCUGGAGCUGGCCAAGCAGCCCAAGCCCGAGACGUCCGAUGCCAAAAUGGAAGAAGACGCCGACGUUGUCGAAGAGGAACCUGUCGAGGCUGGUGACGCCGCCAUGGAUGUCGACGAGAAGAGCACAGCAUCGAAGCGCAUUGGACGGAAGCGAAUCGACAAGCGAAAGACGAAAAAGGCCUCCAUCGUGUUCCCCAAGUACAGCGACAGGCUCAAGGCCAAGAAGAACAAGAAGAAGGCGUAA